AUCCCGUAGCCAACAGGUCUGUCCCGUUUUGCGUCGCAGCAAAAAUAAGAAGGGUGCCGAGCCCCCUUCGUUUCGGCCCCUACGCAGUAGAAACCCUUAGAGUGCCGCUCUUAUCGCUGUUGGACACUGUCGGUCAUUGUUGUUGGACACACACGUCGAUUGUGACACGCGGAAAAGUGAGGAUUGGGGUUGUGAAUCGAGUGUAAUCAGGACAGGGAAGUGAGGAUCCUUGGUGUGGUGGUGCUGCUGGUGAACAAUACAAAAAGAGAAAAAAAGAGAGAGAGAGGGGGAGAGGGAGAUUUUUCCUGGAAACAGGAACGGCUAGAUGGCAGUCAGCACUCUCAACAUGGCACCCUACUUCACUGGAUAUCCCUUUCAAGGACAGGGUCGCGUGAACCAGCUGGGCGGUGUGUUCAUCAACGGCCGUCCAUUACCGAACCAUAUUCGUUUGAAGAUCGUCGAGAUGGCAGCGGCCGGCAUCAGGCCGUGCGUCAUAUCCAGGCAGCUGAGGGUGUCUCACGGAUGCGUAUCGAAAAUCCUGAACCGGUAUCAGGAAACGGGAUCGAUCAGACCCGGCGUGAUCGGUGGCAGCAAACCGCGAGUGGCCACGCCGGAAGUCGAGGCGAAGAUCGAGGAUUUCAAGCGGCAAAACCCCGGCAUAUUCAGCUGGGAGAUACGGGAGAAAUUGAUAAAGCAGGAUGGAGUCUGCGACAAAGCCUCGGCACCUUCUGUGUCCAGCAUCACCAGACUUUUACGUGGACCUGCGAAUCAGAUUCGUCCCAACGACGAUCCCCGCAGGAAUCACUCUAUCGACGGUAUUCUUGCGGGAAGUAGCGGCGAUGACUCCGAUACGGAAAGCGAGCCUGGCAUCGCGCUAAAAAGGAAACAACGCAGGAGCAGGACCACCUUUACCGGCGAACAACUGGAGCAACUGGAAGCGGCUUUUCAUCGCACGCAAUAUCCCGACGUGUAUACCAGGGAAGAACUCGCGCAAAAAACGAAGCUGACGGAGGCGCGAGUGCAAGUUUGGUUUAGCAAUAGGCGCGCCAGACUUCGCAAACAGCUCAAUAGCCAACAGCUGAACGCCUUCAACGCCAUGGGUUUACAAUCUUUCCAAACUCAGCAUUACAGUGGCGCGGAGAGCUAUCAGAGCUACGGACAGGCGAGUGUUACUGCUGCCGCAGCGACCACCGCCAGCUACCCCCAGCAUUACAACUACGGGGAUAAUUAUUAUACAGCGCAGCAGCAAUGGCCACGGACAACUCCGGACAAUUACGGAUUGUUCAACGCUUCUCAUUACGGCAGCAGCAAUCUCGCCUCGAAUCUGACUUCUACCAAUCUCAGUCUGGGCAGUCUGGGCAGCGUCAGUCCAACCGCGUCAAACAUGAGCGCUUGCAUGGUGCAAGGUGGUGCAUCUUCCUCCGGAGUUCCGGUCUCGACGGGGAUGACACCUCACGUGACGCCGCACAGCCCCAGCGAGGCGAAGAGCGGAUAUCCUUACUUGGGCGGAAUCGAUUCUCAGGUUUGCGGAAGAGUUCACUGAAUUAAGUCUGUCAUAAGGGGUGCAAUCGCGAAUCGAUUACACGCAUCGCGGAAGAGAGAGCGACUUGAGAGUCAUCGCUUCAUCGUUAUUGUUUUAUUUAUCUUGUUUCUCUCGAGCAAACUUAAUUAAAUUGUGUAAAAAUAAAAUUGGAAUUGUGUAAAAAGAUUUCUAAAAAAUACGCUUCUCUUAUUUGUUUGUUGUUAAGUUAUUAUUACUUUCUUGUUAUCACGUUGUUAUGCCUGGAAAUUUGAUGGAGAUCAUUUUUUAGCGACGAUUUUUUUAACGAAAAAUAUU